CUUAUCUUCUGGACACCUGCAGCAACCUCUUGGGGUUCAGUCAUCUGUGGACAUAGUGCUGUGACGAAGCCCUGUGUCCAUUGCCACCAUGGCGCAGCCUACAGACCAACAGCAAGAUGCGAGGUCCUUCCUCAGCGAGGAAAUGAUUGCUGAGUUCAAGGCUGCCUUUGACAUGUUUGACACUGAUGGUGGCGGUGAUAUCAGCACCAAGGAGUUGGGAACUGUCAUGAGGAUGUUAGGACAGAACCCAACCAAGGAGGAGUUGGAUGCCAUCAUUGAGGAAGUAGAUGAGGAUGGCAGCGGCACUAUCGACUUUGAGGAGUUCUUAGUCAUGAUGGUGCGCCAGAUGAAAGAGGAUGCGCAGGGCAAAAGUGAAGAGGAGUUGGCUGAGUGCUUCCGCAUUUUUGACAAGAAUGCUGAUGGGUACAUUGAUGGCGAGGAGUUAGCUGAAAUCCUCCGUUCCUCAGGUGAGAGCAUAACAGAUGAGGAGAUUGAGGAGCUUAUGAAAGAUGGAGACAAAAACAACGAUGGCAAAAUUGACUUUGAUGAGUUCUUGAAGAUGAUGGAAGGUGUGCAGUAAGCAGUAGGACAUUCCUCUGGAGCGUUGUGACGCCAACCUGUACAUUACACUGCGUCUUACUUACAUUUCAGGAAGGAGCAAGUCAUCCUGCUCUUUUACUGUACCUCCCACAAUCCUCCUCGCUUCUGAUGUGUACAUUACUCUCUAUGGCCACCUUGCAUCCUGCAGAGAACCUCUUAAUCCACUGUUUACUAUCAGGCUCUCUACCCUCUUCAUCUUCCUGUUUUUCUGACUCAUAUGUUAUUUAUAAAAAAAAAUUACAGUUACCAUUAAAACUCUUAGUGAACCUUUGCUAUCUCUGGGCUGCAUUCAUACUCAGAAGAGGAUAGAAACUCCUUUAGAUAUCUAUUUGUGGUGCAAAGCAAAUGUAGCAGUAUCUUUUUUUGCUCAAUGCUCACAUAAAUAGCAGCAUUAAAAAGUUUUGAGACACACUAGCUUAUGGCUACCCCAUUCCACCCUAGAGGGCUGUCUAGUUUGCCUAAUAAUAACACAGAAGCUGCCAACCUCAUGCUGACACGUAGACACAGUGGAAAGCACUAAUAUUUUUGCAUAUCCGUUAUUUUCACAUUCAUACAAUUCAGCAUGUAAAUAAAAAGGGUGAUGUAUUUUGAGAA